UGUUACAGUAGGAGCUGGCCACUGACAGACGCUCUAACCACGGCGACGGAUGCACAACAACGGCUGAUUUCCAGUCCACGUUCUUAUUUGGCAACUUUUACGCGCGAAGAAAAUGAGAGCCUUUAUUUCGACUGCGACCGUGUUGUGGGCGAUAACAAUACCAGCGCUGGAAGCCAUCCACGGACUGUACAACUUUGGCCAGCAUGACUUAUUCUACAAAAAGAACAACUGCAAGCCGAUUCCUGCCAACCUCCUGCUCUGCCAUGACAUAGAGUACACAGAGAUGCGCCUCCCGAACCUGCUCGGACACGAAACCAUGAACGAAGUUCUGCAGCAAGCUUCGUCCUGGAUCCCGUUGGUUCAGAAGCAGUGUCACCCCGACACAAGAAAGUUUCUCUGUUCUCUUUUCGCUCCAGUUUGCCUGGACGACUUGGACGAGCCGAUUCAGCCGUGCAGGUCUCUGUGUGAGAGCGUCAAGCGCGGCUGCGCGCCCAUCAUGUCCGCGUUUGGCUUUCCGUGGCCGAACAUGUUGGACUGCGACAAUUUCCCACUCGACAAUGAUUUGUGCAUACCUCCUGCGAGCAUAGAGAACGUCGUGCCAGUAACCAGAGAGGUUCCCAGAGUGUGCGAUGCUUGCAAAGAAACAGAUGAAAACGACAAUGAAAUUGUUGACAACUUGUGCAAGAAUGACUUUGCUCUGAAAAUCAAGGUGAAGGAGAUCUCCUACAUCAACGGCGACACCAAGAUCGUGCCGGAGACCAAGAGCAAGACCAUCUACAUGAUGAACGGCGUGACGGAGCGUGACCUGAGGAAGACGGUGCUGUGGCUGAAGGACGGACUGCAGUGCAUCUGCGAGGAGAUGAACGACAUCAACGCCGCGUACCUGGUCAUGGGCCAGAAGAUGGACGGCCACCUGGUCAUCACCUCGCUCAAGCGCUGGCAAAAGGGCCAGCGAGAGUUCAAGAGGAUUUCCCGCAGCAUCAGGAAAAUGCAGUGCUAGGAAGACUCACAACUGCUGAAAGAUCAAGUUUAGUUGAGACCUUUUCUUUGUUGUUUUUUUUUUUUUUUUUUUUCAAAUUGACGCAAACGUUGCAGUUGUGGUUUGAGUGUAGGAAAUGGAUAUUCUUGGCCUCAGAAGAAACGUAAAAACAUAGUUUAGUUUCUCAGUCACUGAUUUAUCACUGAAAUCUUCAAAAACAUGCGGCAUGGGGCACGCACGAUACUACAAUAAGCACGCAUUCAUUCCUCUGAUUGGGAUUCUUGCAGGUUCGGCUAAUGGUCCUCGUGCGCCCCCUGGCGGUGAUCUCGGUAAUAACGUGUGUUUCCCAGGGGGAAGGUCCUGCAGCCCCUCAUCAGGGCAGAUAAUUGCACUCAGAUGGUGUUUAAGGUGCAGGGGAAUAACAAAUUACACGGUCAGUGUGAAAAGCUGCAGAGCUUUGAGUCCAGGAUUAAAAAUGACUCGACUCUAAUAAUCACUGGCAGAUGUGUCCCGCUGCUGAGUCCAGGAGUCAGGAUGAGCUUUAUUCUGACUUCAAGAUUUGUUUUUCCUUUCUUUCCUGAAGGUUAAAUCAGAGUUAAAUCUUUUGAAGGGGCCGGAUGUCUUCAAACGUCCAAUAUGAAGUGUUUAACACAGUUAAACAGUUAUAUUGACCAUUACUACAAAGAUUUAAUCACAUGUUCAGUAAAUCUGCAGGCCCCAUGUGUGCAAAAUGUCCCGUUCAAACACUAGCUGUGCUUCUUUUUUUUUUUUUUAUUCCCACCGUUUUCUCAAGCAAAAUAAAUGAGAAAUAGCUGGCUAUGUUCUCUUCUUGUUCAAAAUUGUAUUCUUGGUAAACGUUUUGUACUUGAGCCACUGCAUAAUUUUCUACCACCUAUGAAGAAACAAAUAUUUUUCUACUCUGGACUUUCAUUCCACACCCAAACAUAUGUGUGUUGAGUUGCGUCCUCAUUCUGGGCUGGUUUUUACGUACAACUGAAGAAUAGAUGUCUGAUUGAUUUGUCGGGUUUUUGAUGAGCAGCAACUUGCUGAGUGCAAGCAGUCAUGUGGUUGUGUGUAUGUUUGCAAUAUAAAGUAUUUUAGAAAAGUAUUACAGUGUAAAUAUCAAAUACUGUCAUUUAUUCUUGUAUGAUGGUUCAGCAAUUAAAGGCUGCUAACGACCUGUG